AUGGAGGUGGCAGAGAAAUUUUUGUUUCUUCAAGGAAACGUUUCUGUGUCCCUGAGAAAUAUGAUGGUGUUUCUAAGAGAGAAAGGACACAAUGCAAUGAUAUGCAAUACCAAGUGGGAUUCAUCCAGUGGGGUCACUGUUUAUAACUACAACUUUAUUGACAUGAUCCAAUCCAAUUCAUCAUUGUGGCAGAGCAUGUACUUCGUUGAUAUCGAUUUCAUUGCGCAAUUUGAGAUUGCUCAGCUGACUUGCAAGUAUUCAGAGAUUCGUUCCUCUCUUCCCAGCAUCUUUGUUGGUACGGUGGAGGAGCUAAAACGCAUCGUUUAG